CUGUAGCAUUGAAACAAGCAGUAUUAGCAUGUAUUAAUAUCGAGGCCAAGCCCGGCAGUUGCAAGCUUUCCUGCAUCUAGUAUAACAUAAAACUGAACAUGCGCUGUAAAUACUAGAAAAAGACGCCGAUCAACAGCUAGGACCUGCUGGGUCCCCGAGCAAUCGCUUCCCUCCAACAGCCCUAACUCUCAAUUUCUGUAUAGGAUAGGCAUGCCAUUCAGCGACAUGUUAGCGCAAGGUAUGCAGGAGCUUGAUGUGCAGGACGUCGCUCUCACAGACGACGUGCUGGUGCACAUCUUUCGGCUCCUGUCGGCCGAGUUCGGGCCGGAGGUGCAGGAGGUUGCCCCUCGCGAGGCCGGCAAGCAGUUCGUGUGGUUCAGGCGAUGCCUGCCGCUGGUGUGCAAGCGCUGGAGCGCGCUGCUUGGACGGGGCGGCAAGCACGUUUGGACGUCUGUAGUGGUGUCGGUGGAGCAGGAGGUUGCCCGCCGGCGCCGGCCGGAAGCGGGCGCCGGCUGUGGUGUGGGUGUGGGUCUGGGCGCCGGCACCUCCAGUGGCAGCUACGGCGCAGCAGGCGGCGGCUCGGGGCUGGGGGCCGGUGGCGGCGGUGGCGUGCUGUCGCCCUCCGCCUCCGCCAGCCUGGGAGCCUUAGGCCCCGGCAGCCUGUUCGCCUCCGCCGCCCCCACCUUGGCCUCCACCGCUGCAGCCGCCGCCGCAGGCGCCGGCGGCGCAGCCCCCUCUUCCUCGUCCUCCGCUGCACAGCUGUCCGGCACCUCCCCGCCUGUGGGCAGCUUCAUGCGCGCCAGCUCCGGCCUCAGCGCCCAGUCGCACAUGUCGGCACUGGGGCUGGGCGCGCAGCUGGCCACACUGCGCAGCGCCAGCGUGGUAGCCUGGGUGGACGCACGCAGCGGCGGACCCGCGGCGGCCGCUGCAGCGGCGGCGCCAGUGCCUGGAGCAGGUGGCGGAGGCGGCAGAGGAGCAGGCGGAGGAGGCGCCACGGCGGCUGGUGCUGGUGCUGGUGGGGGUGGGGUUGGGGGUGUUGGAGGUGGUUGGGGCGGCGGCGGCGGCAGCGGCAUCCAGCACCUGCUGCUGGACUUUGGAUCCACGGCGCACGACUUUGGCGGCCAUAGCGGCGGCAUCGGCGGCGGCGUGGGCACGGGCCACUCGCUUGAGGCCCUGCUGCGGGCCGCCAACAGGGCGCCAGCAGCACCAGGCGGCGGCGGAGGCGGAGGCGGAGGCGGCGGGGGCGGGGGCGGCGGCGGCGGUGGCGGCAGCGCGGCCAGUGCAGCGGGGGGCACAGGGGCAGGCAGCGGAGCUGCCGCUGCAGCUGGGGCUGCGGGUGGUGGUGGUGGUGGUGGUGGUGGUGGUGGUGGUGGUGGUGGUGGUGGUGGUGGUGGUGGUGGCCUGCCGCUGCGCAGCCCCGGCUGGGCUGGCGGCAGUGGCGGCCUGCGCUCCCUCCGGCUUCACGGCAGUGCGGGCGUGGGCGGGCAGGACUCGUACGAGGCGCUCAGCCGGCUGCGGGGCCUGCGGGACCUGGUGGUGUCAGGGCUGCCCCAGGGCUUCCUGGCGGGCACACUGCCCUAUCUCACGCCCCUCACGCAGCUCACGCGGCUGGUGUUCACACCCGAGGCGUUCCAGUUCCCGGUCACGGUCACCACCCUGCCGCCCAGCUUGCGCUGCCUGCGCCUGUCCCAGCUGUGGAUCAACAGGCUCCCGGACCUGGCCGCCGCCGCGCCCCACCUGAUCGAGCUGAGCCUGCUGCGCUGCUGCCUGGUGGAGGGGGUGCUGCGGGCGGCGGCGGGGUGCGCGCAGCUGGCGGUUCUGAGGCUGGACGGGAGCAGCCUCACCACGCCCGCCGCGGGGCGCCUGGGCUGGGAGUCCGCGGCGGCCGCCUCCUGGCCGCCGCCGCUCGAGUCGCUGCGCACCCUGUCGCUGACGGGCUGCGGGCUGCGGGGCCUGCCGCCCGCCGCACUGGCGGCCUUCCCCAGCCUCACGGCCCUGGACCUCAGCGGCAACCCGGACCUGGGCACCAGUGGCGGCGGCGGCGCGGCGGUGGCUGACGCGGCGGCGGCGGCGGCGGCUCUGCCCAUGGAGCUGUGUGCGCUGACGGCGCUGGCGGAGGUGCGGCUGGCGGGCUGCGGUCUGACGGCGGUGCCGGCGGCCCUACUGCGCAUCCCCACCCUCACCGCCCUGGACCUGUCCGCCAACUCCCUCUCCUACCUGCCCCUGCCGCCGCCGCCGCCGCCGCCUCCUACACACGGCCUAGUGCCUGCCGGCUCGCAGCUGGCGGCCUCGUGGGCCAACGGCACCGCAGCCAGCCACAGCCACAGCCACAGCCGGGCCUCGGCGGCCUCGCCCACGCGGCUGCAGCCGCAGCCCGGCGGUGGCGGCGGCGGCGGCGGUGGCUGGGGCGUGGCGCCGGUGGCUGCGCCCGCGCCUCCGGCACAUGGCGGCCCCGGCGGCUCCUCCGCUCUGACGCCCUCCUCGGCCGCAGCCGCCGCGGCCGUGGCAGCUGCGGGCGGCCCGCUGGCUGCGGCGUUUGCUGGCGGGCUGGUGCGGCUCAACAUCGCCACCAACCGCUUCACGGCCUGGCCGGCGGGGCUGGCGGGCUGCACGGCGCUGCGGGAGCUGGUGCUGGGGGCGCCGCUGGUGGCGCGGGCGGCGGACACGGGGGAGCUGGAGCGGUGUGUGGUGGCGCUGAUGCCGCGGCACCGGCCCAAGGCCACGGCUGCGGCUGCGGCUCAGGCGGGUAGCAAGGAGCCGCAGACUACUGCGGGUGACGGUCCGCCGCCGCCGGGGGCAGCAGGCGGAUGCCUGGAGCGGCUGGAGGUGCGCGGCGCCAGCUUCGAGCCGCGGGCGGUGCGGGCGCUGCUGGCGGUGCAGCGGCUGGCGGCGGCGGCGGGCGGCGGGCUGAGCGUGCAGGCCCGGGAGCUGUGAGGCGGGUGAGGGGUGGGGAGGGGGUCAUGUAUUCAUGUGCCCAACGAAGUAGGUCCCAAUAUGGGGGUAGGUUCAAGUGGGUGAACCAAGCGGGACGGAGCUGUGGCAUGAGGGAGCUGGGGUAGAGGGACUGUUUGUAGCAUGCCCAGUCAGGGCAUAGAGGAGACGUAGAUGCUUCGCUGUCAACGAGAGAGGGGUGUGCGGGGUGCUGUGAUGCUAUUGUCGCGGGUCGAGUGCGUCGUCAGGGGCCUUCGACUGCGGCGACGGAGCUCAUGCACGGCGCGGACGCAUGCAAUGCCUGCUGCAGCAUGAGACUGCACAAUGGAAUUGUAGCGCUCUUGUCAUGCGCCCGAAGUACCUGUUACGAACAUACCACAAAGGAACUAGGUACGCAAGCUGUAACAGGAUGAUGCC